UAAGUUCUGUUUGUCCCGUGUUCCCCGCUGUAGGAAGCCCCGCCCCCUGGCAGAGCUGCAUAGAGGAAGAGGCAGAGCCGGGCACAGUGCAGUAUGGCUUCCUUUGGCUGGAAGAGGAAGAUUGGUGAGAAGGUGUCGAAGGUGACCUCACAAAACUUUGAAAAAGAGUCGGCUGGAGAAGGAGGUACCUUUAAGAAAGAUGAUGUGGACUGGCUCCACUCUGUCAAACGGAAGAAAGGAAUUCUCCUCGAGGAUAAUGUCACAAAAAGUAAACGCCUGAAGGAUGAAGGAGCCCUACUGGCACUGAAUGGCAGGUACUUGGAGGCUGUUAAGAAAUGGGAUGAAGGGAUACAAUUAAAUCCAGAUGAUGCCACAUUCUAUGAGAUGAAAUCACAGUCUCUUCUGUGUCUUCAUGAAAUCUUCCCGGCGGUGCAAGCUGCUGAGACAGCAGUGAAGAGAAACCCGCGCUUUGUGGAGGCCUGGCAGACUCUGGGCCGAGCACAGCUGGAACUGGGGGAAAUAGCCAUGGCCAUACGGAGCUUCCAGGUUGCUUUUCACCUUUAUCCCUCAAACAAAGAGUUAUGGGAAGAAGACCUGAAAUGGGCCCAACAGCUUCUCCAGCAGAAGAGAGAGGUAGAAGGAAAGAAUCUACAGAGUAAUGGCAGAGAUGCCUGCACCGAUUCAAUCCCAGACUAUGACUUUGAAAGUGAUGAAGUGGUGGCAGUGUGUGAUGCCAUAUCACAGAAGCAGAAAAGGGCCAACAAAAAUAAGACAGUGGUUGUCUCUUCUUCAGGAACCAUCCCGUGUCAGCAGUCAGAGGAAGACCAAACCUCUUCUGAUGACCCUACAUCUUAUAUCAAGGCACGAUAAGAUAAUUAUUCAUAUGCUGGGCUUUUUUUUUUAUUGGCAUAAUGGUGUGCAGUAACCCAUAGCAAUCGAUUAGAAACCAGCUUUCAUUCAUCUGGUCAAGCUACGCUCCUAAAAUCUAAUUUCUGUUGCAGUAUCAAAGGCUACCUAAUGUCAUAGCUGCUUGUGAUAUGAUAUUAAAGGAACACCUAUAUCAUAUACCGUA